AUGAGAUUCACUUAUAAAGAUACUUGUACUAUAGCCACAGGCCUAAUUCUAACAUCAUCCACUUUUAUAAUUGGUAUGUUUUUCAACAAUUUCACCUAUGAUUUACAUGUUCUAUUUAGUAAAGACGCCACCCAAGCAACCUUUGAUAAUAGUUUAAGGCACUACCAAGCUCUGUACUAUAGCCAUCCAGCUUUUAAUUAUACUUUUUAUACCAUUGCUGCCAUUGGUUGCUUGGCUCAUGCUGUUAGACUUUAUAAACCAAAUCCUGAUAUGCAAACUUUUGAAUACAUCUCCCUUGGUUUGUAUGUUAUGGGCUUCUGCGUAUACUUAACUAAUAUCAGAACCGGUUUAGAAAGUAGUGUUAUUAGAAAUUGGGGGGAAGUCAGUGAAAAUCAAGGCUUAGCUAUUAUAGGUAGUAGUAAUAUUAUUCUUAUUAUGUUAUAUUUUGGUGUUUUAUGUUUACAAGCUGGUAUCUGGUAUACUGAUUGGGAUUACCAAUUAAGAUUAAAGGAGUAUUAUGCUCAAGAAAAAAAAGAACAAAACCAAAAAGAUAAGGCCCAAGAAAAGGAAAGCAAAGGUGAAAGUACCGCUACUGCUACUGCUAAUGCUGGUACCACAAAAAAAACUAGUAAGAAAGCAUAA